AAUAAUAUUAUUUAUAGAUCAAAUUGGAUGGUGACGAUUAUAAUCAUCAUUUAUUAGUGUUUGUUGUCAAUUUAAAUGAUUGGAUCUACUGUGUAUGAUGAUGUUGAUGACGAUGACGAUAAGAUGUUCGGUGUAAAAGUAAAUAGAUCCACCAGUAAAGUAAAACUAUUAAUUAAUGGAUUCAGCAUCAUCAUCAUCAUUAUCGAUUCUUAUAAUUCAGAUUCACACACACAGAAUUAUUCAUUCCGGAUAAUUCCUUCUAAGGAAAGAAAAAUUGAAUCAACGUUGCAACAAGAAAAAAAACUACAACAGCAUCAAGGUAACAUAAUGGUUGACAAGAUUUAUGACCAAAAAAAAUGUUCAAUGUUCACCAUCAUUCGUUCAAAAUACUUUUGCUCGGGUAAUUUUAUUUAA